AUGGAGAGUCUCAAGAAGCUUUUGUUGGUUGCAUUAAUAGCAACUUCUGCCAUUCACCUUGUUCAAGCUCAAAAUCAAGACGGAUUUAUCAGUGUAGACUGCGGAUUAUCUCCUAAUGAGGUCUCUCCUUAUAUUGAGCCGUUUACUGGACUACAGUUCACAACGGAUUCAAAUUUCAUUGAAACCGGAAAACUUGGUAGAAUUCAGGCAAGCCUAGAGCCGAAGUACCGAAAGUCGCAAACGACGUUGAGAUAUUUUCCUGAUGGAAUACGCAACUGUUACAAUCUUACAGUGACACAAGGAACCAACUAUUUAAUCAGAGCUAGAGCAAUAUAUGGGAAUUAUGAUGGUCUUAACAUUUAUCCUAAAUUUGACUUGUACAUAGGCCCUAAUUUUUGGGUAACAAUAGACUUAGGAAAGUAUGUAAAUGGUACAUGGGAGGAGAUCAUCUACAUACCAAAAUCUAAUAUGUUGGACGUGUGUCUUGUCAAGACAGGGCCGUCCACACCAUUGAUAUCAUCCUUGGUGUUAAGGCCUCUUGCAAAUGCUACUUACAUCACUCAAUCUGGUUGGUUGAAGACUUAUGUUCGGGUUUAUCUAAGCGACUCAAAUGACGUCAUACGAUAUCCGGAUGAUGUCUAUGAUCGUAUAUGGGGUUCAUACUUUGAGCCGGAGUGGAAGAAGAUUUCCACUACACUUGGAGUGAACAGUUCUAGUGGAUUUCUGCCUCCACUAAAGGCACUCAUGACUGCCGCCUCUCCUGCCAAUGCUAGUGCACCAUUGGCUAUUCCCGGAGUACUAGAUUUCCCAAGUGAUAAACUAUACUUGUUCCUCCACUUCUCUGAGAUUCAAGUCUUAAAGGCCAACGAAACUAGAGAGUUCGAAAUUUUUUGGAAUAAAAAGCUUGUUUACAAUGCUUAUAGUCCUGUAUAUCUACAGACCAAGACUAUACGCAACCCAUCUCCAGUUACUUGUGAAAGAGGAGAAUGCAUACUAGAGAUGAUCAAAACUGAGAGGUCAACUCUCCCGCCUUUGCUUAACGCCGUUGAAGUUUUCACAGUGGUUGAAUUUCCUCAGCCGGAAACAGAUGCUAGUGAUGUGGUGGCUAUAAAAAACAUCAAGGCCAUCUAUGGAUUGACUCGAGUCACAUGGCAAGGAGAUCCAUGUGUUCCUCAACAAUUUUUGUGGAACGGUUUAAAUUGCAACAGCAUGGAGACGUCUACACCUCCAAGAAUCACUUCCUUGGACUUGUCUUCAAGCGGGUUAACCGGAAGCAUAUCAGUUGUUAUUCAAAAUCUUACCCAUCUAGAAAAGUUGGAUUUGUCAAAUAACAACUUGACUGGGGAAGUUCCCGAUUUUCUAGCAAACAUGAAAUUUCUUGUGUUCAUAAACUUAAGCAAGAACAAUCUGAAUGGUUCGAUUCCUAAAGCUCUUCGCGAUAGAGAAAAUAAAGGACUUAAGUUAAUUGUCGACAAAAAUGUGGACAACUGCUCAUCUGGUUCAUGCACCCAAAAAAAGAAAUUCCCAUUGCUUAUUGUUGCAUUAACUGUUUCGUUGAUCCUAGUCAGUACAGUGGUUAUAGACAUGACAAAUAACUUCCAAAGAGCUCUAGGAGAAGGAGGGUUUGGUGUCGUUUAUCAUGGUUAUUUGAAUGGUUCAGAGCAAGUAGCUGUCAAAUUACUUUCGCAAUCAUCAGUACAAGGCUAUAAAGAAUUCAAGGCAGAGGUUGAACUUCUUCUAAGGGUUCACCAUAUAAAUUUGGUAAGCCUUGUUGGGUAUUGCGAUGAUCGCAAUCACUUGGCUCUCGUCUACGAAUACAUGUCCAAUGGAGACUUAAAACAUCAUUUGUCAGGAAGAAACAAUGGUUUUGUUUUGAGUUGGAGUACUCGACUACAAAUAGCUGUCGAUGCUGCACUAGGAUUGGAAUACUUACAUAUUGGAUGCCGACCAUCGAUGGUGCAUAGAGAUGUCAAAAGUACGAAUAUACUGUUGGGUGAGCAGUUCACAGCCAAGAUGGCUGAUUUUGGGCUUUCAAGGUCUUUCCAAAUUGGUGAUGAAAAUCAUAUUUCUACGGUUGUUGCUGGUACUCCUGGAUAUCUUGAUCCCGAAUACUACAGAACAAGUCGGUUGGCUGAGAAGAGCGAUAUCUACAGUUUUGGGAUUGUGUUAUUGGAAAUGAUCACAAGCCAACAUGCGAUUGAUCGAACCCGCGUGAAACAUCACAUAACAGACUGGGUGGUGUCUUUGAUUAGCAGAGGAGAUAUCACACGGAUCAUUGAUCCCAAUCUUCAGGGCAAUUAUAAUUCUCGCUCUGUCUGGAGAGCUCUUGAAUUGGCUAUGUCAUGUGCAAACCCUACAUCAGAAAAACGACCAAACAUGUCACAAGUUGUUAUCGAUCUGAAAGAAUGUCUUGCUACUGAAAAUUCAACGAGAAGUGAGAAAGACAUGAGUUCUCAUAGUUCUGAUCUUGAUCGUAGCAUGAACUUUUACACCGACAUGGUUCCUAGAGCUAGGUAG